GCUGCUCAGCUUCCUCUUCGCUUCCUGCGCGGGUGCAGGCGCUUCAGACUCGCAAUCAUCGGAGUCUAUUUCUGUCUUUCUGUUUCUUUUCAGUGCUCAUGUCAAAAUCCUAAAUUAUUCUCGGAUACGUUAGGAUAAUUCUGCAUGUAUCUGUAGAACUGAGCUGCUUCGUUGUAAUUUUUAAACGGUUUUUUUUAAAACGGAAAGACCCGGAUGACGCGAGACCCGGUUUAGCUCAAUUGGCCACAAAAAAACAUCCGCUUUCUCCCCCUAAAAUCCUACAUUAACGAUUUAUUUUUUCAUUUUAUUUGCUCUCGGCUGGUGAGUAUGGAUGAGAAGGUGUUUACAAAAGAACUGGAUCAAUGGAUCGAGCAGCUGAACGAGUGCAAACAGCUGUCGGAGAACCAGGUUAAAUUUUUAUGCGAGAAAGCUAAAGAGAUUUUAUCGAAGGAGUCCAAUGUUCAGGAGGUACGUUGUCCGGUCACGGUGUGUGGAGAUGUCCACGGGCAAUUCCACGACCUCAUGGAGCUUUUUAAGAUCGGCGGGAAAUCACCAGACACCAACUAUCUCUUCAUGGGCGACUAUGUGGACCGAGGCUAUUACUCUGUAGAGACUGUCACACUUCUAGUGUGUUUAAAGGUUCGAUAUAGAGAGCGAAUCACCAUCCUCAGAGGGAACCACGAAAGCAGACAGAUCACACAGGUUUACGGCUUCUACGACGAGUGUCUGAGAAAAUACGGCAAUGCAAACGUUUGGAAAUAUUUCACCGACCUUUUUGACUACCUUCCCCUCACUGCCCUGGUGGACACACAGAUUUUCUGUCUCCAUGGAGGACUGUCUCCGUCCAUCGAUACGCUGGAUCACAUUCGAACUCUGGACCGCAUCCAGGAAGUCCCACAUGAGGGUCCCAUGUGCGACCUGUUGUGGUCAGACCCCGAUGACCGCGGUGGCUGGGGGAUUUCACCCAGAGGAGCCGGCUACACGUUCGGCCAGGACAUCUCAGAAACCUUCAAUCACGCCAACUCCCUGACCCUGGUGUCCAGAGCUCACCAGUUAGUCAUGGAGGGAUACAACUGGUGUCACGAGCGGAACGUCGUCACGAUCUUCAGUGCUCCGAAUUACUGUUACCGCUGCGGCAAUCAGGCGGCCAUCAUGGAGCUCGACGACACGCUCAAGUAUUCAUUUUUGCAGUUCGACCCGGCGCCUAGAAGAGGAGAACCGCACGUCACCCGCCGGACCCCCGACUACUUCCUGUAACGUCUCUGUGCCUGAUGAAGUGUUCCUCAGCAUUAUCCUGAUCGCAGACUGAACUGUCAUCACAAAAUCAGCUCCUCUCAUUUCUCCAAAUAUUAUUGCAUCUCUGAAUACCUGAAUUUGUCCAUGGACCAAAAUGUGUGCCAUCAGCAUAAUGUAGGGGAAAAGAAAAGAGAAACACACACACACACACACAUACACAACUUUUAGCCAUUUUACAUCUACAGUGAUUCAAUAAAGCUUUGGUUUCCUUGAUAUGAGCGAACUUCAUGCAGAUUAAAUAUCCUACCAGUGUUCUUUUGAAAUGUGAUUUAUUCUUUAGAUCAUGAUGUAGGAGCUUUUGGCUGGACAUUGUGGUGAAUAAAAAAAAAAAAAAAAAAAAAAA